UCCAAGUUCAAGUAGCAGACAGCCGACAUUACUUUAUCGUUUUCAACUUUUUGCUGAAUUUUGUAUUUGUUUCAAUGCCAGCAUGGAUUUACAAUCAAUAUUGAACGAGUGGAAGGACUUGAAUGAAAGCUUCCCUGAGUUGGAGGAACAACAAAAACAGUGCUCUAAAAGUGUUUCUAGUUUUAAAAAAGCAGAAACUGAAUUCAAAAAGUCUCUUUCUAACCAUAUCAAGCAGACAGCUAGACUACAAGAGUCCCUCAAAUGUUUCAGGCCAUCAGCCGAAGAUGAUCAGCAGUAUAGAGAGCUGAAAAAAGCCAUUACAGUUCGGAAUGAAGAACUGCGUUCAAUGCAGUCCCUUCUGCCAAAGGAUAGCGGGAUAUAUCUAAAAAUAGUUUUGGGGAAUGUUAAUGUUACUCUGCUAAAUGAAGAAGAAAAGUACAAAUAUAAAGAUGAAUAUGAGAGGUUUAAAUUGGUUGUUACUACAAUUGUUUUCUUGUUUUCAUUCCUCAAUAUAAUUUCAACCUAUAAAACAUUAGAUGCUAUUCUCCACUUUCUGCUGGUUUGGUACUAUUGCACGCUUACUAUAAGGGAAAGCAUAUUGGUUGCUAAUGGUUCAAGAAUUAAGGGAUGGUGGAGGACGCAUCAUUUCAUCACAACCGUUCUCACUGGUGUUUUGAUAUUAUGGCAUGAUGAUAAAUCCUACCAGCUAUUUCGUUCUCAGUUUAUGUGGUACUCUUGCUAUGUCAGCUUUGUUCAGUUUUUACAGUACAACUAUCAACAAGGAUGUUUGUAUCGGUUAAGAGCAUUAGGAGAAAGACAUAAUAUGGACAUCACAGUGGAUGGUUUUCAUUCAUGGAUGUGGAGAGGCUUAAAAUUCUUACUUCCGUUUUUGUCCAUUGGAUAUUGUUGGCAACUCUAUAAUGCUUACACUUUGUAUCAGCUAACAAUUCAAAUUAGAGACAUUGAAUGGCAGGUUCCUGUAACUGGAUUAAUAUUUCUCAUUCUCUUUGCUGGAAACUCCUUAACUACAGCAAUAGUAGUGCAUCAGAAACUAAAUCUUCGAGAACUGAUACUUCGUAAACUUCAGUAGUAUUCGGCUAGUCAAGUGAUUUCAAAAUUAUUUAAUGUUGCUCAAUUUUGGUGUAAAAUGUUUUUAAAUUCUUUAAUUUUAACUAUUUACCUGUGGAUAUAUUUAGAAGAUAGGCUUUUGGCUGCUCAGUUUUUUGAUAAAAAAUGCACUAUAUUAUAAAAGCCCAGAUGUUCAUGCGGUGUAAAUAAAAUUGCUCUCAAAAAUAAGCUUGUAAAUAUGAUGAGUUACAAACAAAUGAUUGUACUAACAGCCAUUAAUAAUAAAAGUUUUUAAUAAUUAGUAUUGGAUGCAGUGAAAUUUCUACCAAUAGGCAAAGCUAGGAGUAGCUUAGGACGGCGAAAGAGCUAAACGCCAAAAUUAAAAUGAAAUUUGUGAUAAUAUAAUCAUUAUAUGCAGAAGAAAAUUCUUUUUAGAUCAAGACAAAAUGGAUUGUACUUAAAAUUACUUUUACAAAUUUAUUCUUCACUUCAACAGAGGAUCUCAAUCACAAUGAGUCAGAAAAGAAAAACUUUGAUGCAAUCCAAAAUUUUUGAUAUCAAAUUUGGAGCCUGUGUUUGGAAAUCUAGGCAUCAAAUUAAAAGUUUUUGGUCUCAAAAUACGACUAAUGACAUCCUCUUUUGAACUGCUGAUAGUGCAGUAUGUGCUAUUGAAAAUUUUAGUGGGAUUAGUAUGUCUUGGCUGCUCUUUUGGGUGAACAAUCCUCAUUCUUAGGGUAAUCUAGAAUUAGAGGCAGUGCACCACCAUCACUCUUAUUGAGGAUGGGGCUCAGUUUUAGAAAUUCAAAAGUUAGAUCUUGUGAUACCUUAUUGAAACUCCAAGAUAGAAUAAUUUGCAUUUUUUCUGAAAAGAACAUUCCAUCAUAAAGUGUUAUCAACAGUUGUGUGCCAUACUUAAAAAAUGUUUUACUUUUUGCUUUGGAGAUUUUAUAAAUAAUUAUGUGGCAUUAAAUUUAUUACAUUAUGAACUUAAGGGUUUUAAAAAUGUUAAAAUGGUUGAGUUAUCAUGCAGCUAUAUCAUCUUAAAUAUACUUUGCUAAUUGAUAUUUUUCUGGGACAUGUUGCCAUAUUUAUGAUAUAAGAUUUUUAAUUGAUAUGUGUUUAUUAUUAUUAUUAUUUUUAUUUUGAAGUAGUGUGGGUUCUGUUACAUAAAACUUAACUCUUCAAAUGGUACAAAUGAGAAACUUAUUUUGAGAUUCUCAUCGCUUCUCCAUGUAAAAGUAACAUAAAUGAAACCAUGUCAAUGUCAUAAUGUUCAUUAAUUUUUUUAAUCCAAAAUAAGAACACUAAUAAUAAUAAAACAAUGCUAUUAAAUAACUAGUACUUAAUGAAGCAAAAUCAGCUUUUUUGAACAUCUGGGCUUCAGUUACUACUCAUUGAAAAUAUUUUUAUACAACUGCAAGAAGUAAUAUUUUCUGAUGUAGUUUGAUUGUUUUAUAGGGUGAUUUUUUAUUCAGAUGUUUUUACAAAUGAUUUUUUUUUCUAUGUAAUGUAGAUCAGCAACCAUAAUUUGUGAUUGUUAUGAUAAACGUACUGUAAUUUAAGUAAGAUGACACUAGUUGUUACGUUGAUUUAUAUGGUUGUUCCUAUGAUAUUUUCUAGUCUAAAAGUAUGUAUAUUUCAAAUAUAUUUUUUUUUUCAAAGUUAACUUAUAUUUUUGGGAUUCAAAUUUUUAAUUAAUUCGCUACCUUUUUUAAAGGAAAUAUAUUCAUUAAAAAAAAAAAAACUUUUAGUAAAUUUGUGUACUAACCAAAUGAAGCUUACUUACAUUGCCAAAACAUCUUGUCACAAAAGCAAUUAUAGCAUUAAUGAAAUUUCUUAGCCAUUAAUGGGUAUAAAUGUGUAACAUUUUGCAUUACGUCUUUUCUAUGUCCUGUGUUGGAGAUCAUGUACUCAAUUCCUUUCUAUAGGUUAACACUAGAUUUUUGCAAAAGGGAUUUUUUAAAAAAGUAAUUCAGAAUAAGUAAAUAUAUUUUCACAAAAUUUGUUUUCAAUGUUAGUUGCCUUAGCUAACUCUCAAUAUUCAAAAGGCUGCUUUUGGUGAAGGAUUUAAUAAUGCCAUAGUAGUUGGAAGGUGUAACUGUCAAGAAGUCUAAAUUUCUUUAGCCUUUAGAGAUUAAAGAUUUAAAUUAUUUCCCAGAUUUGUAUAUGAUCAAACACAAAGGGAUAAUGGGAGCAAAGGUAGUUGACUUUUACUGAAAUAAAUAAUUUGCUAAUUUUCACUGCUGAAAAACAAUUUUCUGAAAUCCAAAAUUGUUGCAAAAUAUUGGUUCCUUGAAAAUUCUUAUCCCAUUAAUCAGUGGUUCCCUACCUAUGGCUACGGACCAGAUAUGGCCCUCGAAGCGGAUUCAUGUGGCCCGUUAAGUUCAAUGUUAUGAAUCAAAUAUAGCUUCUGAAACCUUCCAAAGCAACAGAUAGUCUUUAUUCGGUAUUAAGAAUGAUUUAUUGCAAAUUUAAAUCAAAAUAGUACUUGCUUUUCACAAAUUCAAAAUUGUUUGUUAUAUUUUAGUGUUUUAUAUUUUUUGUACUUGAUUUACUUUUUCAGCUUGUUAAAAUAUAUUUGAUACUUUUUAGGAGGGCUAUGCUACUUGUGUUUUUCCUCUUGUUUGUAACAGUUCUUUUAAUCGGUCUUGUAUAUAUAAUGAAAAUUUAUCUGUAUUAUGUAAACACAAAUAUCUGAAUCAAUUUUACUUGUUAUCUUUUUUAAUAGCACAUGAAUCUUGAUGCACAGAUAUUCAACCAUAGCCUUUUGUAUACAAUAAUGCUUUUUUUUCCUCAUGAAAUUUUAUUGCCUUAAUUAAAACUUUCUAAUUUUUUUUUUGUCACUUUUGUGCAGUUUAAUUUUUACUACUUUUUUCAUUUUUAGAUAUAAUUUUAAUAUUACAUUUUAUGGAAGAAGAAAGGUAUUUUGUUUCAUGAAAUAUUUUUAAUGAAGUUCUUGAAAUUUUUGCCUUUUUAAAAUUGGUUUACUUUAAUUGUUGUUAUAUGCUUGAAAUUGGUUUGUCACAAGAUAUUUUCAUCGAGCCAUAGCCAUAAUAUAUGUAAAGAAUAAAAACCCAUGCUCAUUUUUUUAGUACCAGUGAAUUUAUGUAGGGAGAUGAAAUUAAUAACCAACUCCAAUGUAGCUAAUUUCAAUCUUCCAGUUUCUGAAAACUAUUUUUACUUCUAUGAGCUUAUUUGUAGAUGUACAACAUUUAGUGUUUGAUUUUUACUAAUUGUUGGAAAAACAAGUGAUAAUAAGUACAAAUAAGUUUUUAUAACACAUUUUACAAAGAAUUCUCAAGUUUACCUGUAAGUGAAGUAGAAAAAAUGAAUUGUUAUUUUUGUAAUAUCUUCUAAAAAGUUCAAUUUAUUUACUUAUAAAUUAUAUUUUUAUAAUGUACUGUAUUUUGAGAUUUCUCUUCUGGAAAUUG